AUGACGACGUGCCGUCUGCUGUGCGCCCUGUUGGUGCUUGCCCUGUGCUGCUGCCCGUCCGUGUGCGUGACGGAGGGUAGCGGAGAACAAGCUAGGGUCAGUGGUUCAACGACUGCUCAGUCACAGGGAACAAGUGGUGCAGGGCAAGCAAAUACUUCCAUGACGUCAAGUUCAACACCUCCGACCGUCACAUUAUCGGAAACCGGAGAUCCGGACGGUGAGGGAGCCGCUCCGGCAGGGAAUCCAGAUAAAGCAACUCCGGAGUCUAUUACAAAAGAGGUACCAGGUGGGUCCGAUGGGUCAGGGUCGUCAGGUGGGUCCGUUAGCCCAAAUACAUCGUCAAGUUCCGUGACCGCUUCUGUAUCGGCACAAAGUGAGAAGGAAAAUGCGCCAACUACGACAACCACGACUACGACAAAAGCACCAACUACCACCACCACUACGACUACGGAGGCGCCAACUACAACGACGACCCGCGCACCGUCACUUCUUCGCGAAAUCGACGGCAGCCUCAGCAGCUCUGCGUGGGUGUGUGCCCCGCUGCUGCUCGCCGUAUCCGCGCUGGCGUACACCACUCUGGGCUGA